ACAUUAGCGUCUGGCGUUGGUUUCUCGGUCCUCAAUUAGUAGUUGCUGACUGAUGGAUAGAUAUGCUCCACGAUAAGAUUAGCAGACGGACUAAUCAGAGAAAUAGCUAGAGAUAUAUAUGCGAAUCCAGCAGUGGCUGCUAACAGGAUGCUUAUCGGACAGUGUCGCAUUAAUCUGUGACGUAUUGGUUUCGUUCGUCUGUGGAGUUAUGUUCGUAACACUGUCCAAACAAAGUGGCAAUCAACAGCGCGUAUCUACAGCGGGCCCACCGCCGUCUGACGACGACCGCGAUCCCUUCGAAAGACAACAGAGUGAGACACCCAACGGUGACCAGGAGCACGAGUAGAUUAUGCAAAGUGAUGCUAAUUUCCCGUUGUUGAACAUCAUACGGAUCGAAGGUUACUUUCAGAAAUGGAACCAAUGUCAGUCGACAAAGAUGUCGACGAGAUGUACAACCCCACCAAAUGGUCGAUGGGCCUUAGAGGCACUGCCAGACUUCUAAGGUGUUUGCAACUAUACGAGAUUCAAAACCAAAAUAUAGGCCUUACGGGGCCGAUAGAGCAUGUUGCGUACGGCCCAGACGAAAGGCAAGGUCUAAAUGUGAUGCGCUGUAGUGGGACUAGACAGAAUGACACAAUGCUUGUCUUCAUCCAUGGAGGCUACUGGAUAGAAGGGGAUCGUCAUAUGCAUAACUUUGUUGCACGAGGCAUGCAUCUUCACAACAUCAGCGUGAUUACCUUAGGCUAUCGUCUAGCCACUAAAGGAUCGGGUCUUGAUAAUUGUGUUGAUGAUGUGGUUCUGGGCAUUGAGAAGAUACAAGAAACGUUUCCGACAAGCAACAUAUUUUUGGCAGGACACAGCGCUGGAGGACACCUGCUUAUGGCAGCUUUGCCUCGCCUGGCAAGUCUGCAGGGCAUUCGAAAAGUGUUCAGUGUUUCGGGUAUAUAUUCGCUCUGGGAAGUCAUGCAUACCUCAGUUGGCGUCCAGGUCGGCUUUACAAAGGAACAGUGCGAAAAGUAUUCGAUUACUCCCCAUCCCUGCUACGAUAUAAUGGAUCUACAGUUAGUUGUGAGUCAAUAUGAUCCUCCAGGAUUCCGUAAGCAAGCGGAGCAUUUUGCAGCGUCGAUGCAACGGAAACGUUUUCGUAAAAAAUUCGUUCAAAUUAUUCCGAACGAGGACCACUUUAGCCUAGUGGAGAACCUAUUCUUCGAAAAGGCUGCGCUCACACUGAUCUUUGCAGGAUCUUACAGUCCGAAUCGAAGGCCCUCGAAGCUUUAAGGACUACCUUUGGUUCCAUUAAUUGUAGCGCCGUGAAACCUUCGGAUGAAAAGGGCUCACUCACAAAUGAAGCAAUAUAGUAACAAUUUGGAAAUGUAACAACUCCGACCGUUUAAAAAACAAUCUAUAUUUUUCCCUUAUUUUCGAGUAGUUACAUUAGUAAAAUAUGUUUUUUUUAAUUUUUUCAAAAAGUCACCAUCCUCUAUCCUAGGGAAUCCUCGCCCUCUAAAUGCCGAUUAUAAUCUGAGUGCCAUGUGCCUCAAAGAGUCUAAGAUUUCAAGGUUUCGAAUGUAUAAUAUUUUUAAAAUACACAUUAAAAUAAAUGAAUAAUAUUGUAUUUUAGCUAAAUGCGAAUAGGUAUAGGAAAAAUUAAUUAGGACGUAAGGUAUUGUGAAGUCUCUUAAAAAAAUGCUAUAGAUUCUCCCAGAGUCCUCUGUUUUGUUUCAAUCGUAAAUUAAAAAACUGCUUAUAAAUAUAAGCGGUUAAAUGAAAUAAAGACUGCUUCAAAAAGACACA